CUGUGGACGAUUAGACGAGGACAGUAAGCCCAAAAGAAAGAGGCAGACAGAGAGUUAAUAGCAAGAAUUUUAAGAUGUAUAGCAGUAAGAUUUGGUUUAGAUUUUUUGUUGUGCUGGGAAGCUUAGUGGGUCGUGACUCUAUCCCAGUUUCAGACUCAAUGGAAGCAGUAAAGGAUGGGGACAUCAUGUUGGGAGGACUCUUUCCAAUUCACCAGUGCAGCGUGAUUGUCAAUACUUCGAGCAGUCCUGUUCAACACGUAUGCGAAAAGUUUACUUUAUCCAGAGUGAUUCAAGUGCUAAAAAUGAUUGAAACAGUGGAAUCCAUUAACAACUCCUCCAUGCUGAAUAAUCUCACGAUUGGCUACAAGAUCCUGGACACCUGUUCUGAUGCGACUAUUGCACUGCAGCACACUUCCUUCUUCAUUGACAGACGUUCUGGCAGCAGGUCCUCCAUGUUUCAUGCUGUUAUAGGGGAGUACCAUUCAGAGAUUUCCAUGGCAGUGGGGAGGCUUCUCACCAUAGAGUAUAUGCCGCAGAUCAGUUAUGGUUCAACAGCUGGGGUUUUGAAAGACAAAAACCGUUUCCCAACAUUCAGGAGAACUGUGCCUGAAGACGACCACCAGGCUAAAGCAAUUGCGCAAAUUCUGCGCUACCACAACUGGACCUGGUUUGGCAUUAUAAGCACAGAUGGAGAUUAUGGCCGUAAUAGUGCAGACCUCCUUGAGAAAUACGCCAAAUACCAAAAUAUCUAUGUGGCAUACCGCACUGUACUUCCUGAUAUUCUCAACAACAAAAUAUUAGAGUCAAAACUCAAUGAAUCGAUCCAAAUAAUUGAGAGCACCCCAAAAGUUCAAGUCAUUGUGUCUUUUGCCAAACCUCAACACAUGUCUUUAUUGUUUGAGAAACUCACUCCAAAUGCAUCUGGCCGUUUCUGGAUCGCUGGUGAUAGUUGGGCCACAUCAUUUGAAGUGCUAAAUAACCGAACCCUGAAGGAGGUUGGGGCCAUCCUCGGGAUCACCUUUUUGUCAGGAAACAGCUCUAACUUCAAAAGCUUCCUAAAAAAUCUAGAUCUAAAUCCUGCUUCACAUCCAAACAACACCAUCCUGCAGCACUUCCUCAGACAAAAUAUAAACCAAAGCAAAUCCCCAGAAGAAAUAAGGGAAACCCUGCUGAAAAGUGUAUGCCCUCAUUCCAUGUUUAGUGUGGGUUUGGCUGUGCAGGCCGUUGCCAGUGCUGUUAAAGGCAUAUGUUCUAACAAAACCUGCCUUGGUGGGUUAAAUAUCCAACCCUCAGAGCUAGAUGAGGCCUUGAAUAAAACCAUGUUUACUAUGGAUAAUGAGACAUAUAGAUUCGGCGAAUCCGGAGACAUGGAGACUGGCUAUGAUGUCAUACUUUGGGAAGAGACUAAUCGAAAUCCCAAAGAAUUUAUCAAUAAUGUGACACUAAAGUAUGUGGCCCGCUAUAUCAUUGAAAAAGAAGAUGUCACGUUCCUGACUCAAAGUUAUAUAAGUCAGGUGGACUACAUCACAAGCCAUGUGACUUCACGGUGCUCUCCAAGUUGUCUCCCUGGGUUUAAACGGGUCUUUUUUGAUGGCAAACCCACCUGUUGCUUUAAGUGUGAGCAGUGUCCACCAAACACCUUUUCAAAUAAAACAGAUGCAGAUGAAUGUGAAGCAUGUUCAGAGACACACUGGUCUCCUUUAAAUGCCACCCUCUGCACUUUGCGAAAAAACGUAUUCCUGUCCUGGAAUGAUCAUUACUGUAUCACUCUGCUAGUGUUUGCUUCUCUUGGUCUCCUGUUGACCCUGAUUGUGAUGCUUGUGUUCCUGGUGAACUGGACCACCCCGGUGGUCGUUGCUGCAGGGGGGCCCAUCUCCAUCCUUAUCUUACUGUCCCUGCUCGGGACAUUUACCAGCUCAGUGCUGUUUGGUGGGAGACCAACAGACAUACAGUGCCAGACUGGACAGGUGCUUUUCGGCCUUAGCUUCACCCUUUGUGUGUCCUGCAUCCUGGUCAAGUACUUCAAGAUACUGCUGGCAUUCAAGCCUAAUUCUGCCGUGAAACGUGUUCUGAAGAAAAUGUUCUUGCCCUACUGGAUCAUUGGCAUUUGCGUGGUGUUCCAGGGAAUUAUCUGUGGCCUGUGGUUGUGGAAAAGUCCACCACUAGUCUUUGAGAAUGGAGGGACGCGGUCUGAACUGCUCAUACAGUGCGCUGAGGGGAGCUUCCUGUUCUUUGGACUCAUGCUGUCCCUGAUUGGCCUUCUGGCAUUGGUGUGCUUUGGGUUCGCCUUUCUAGGAAGGAACCUGCCAGAAUGCUACAAUGAGGAGAAGUGCAUCAGCUUCAGCAUGCUCAUCUACAUCAUCAGUUGGGUAGUCUUCGGACCCAUCUACAUGAGCAGCACUGCCUCUGUGAUCAAGUACAAACCUGCCGUGCAGAUGGUGGUGAUGCUCAUCUCUGCGUAUGGGAUUCUCUUCUGCCACUUCAUGCCCAAAAGUUACAUCAUCUUGUUUAAGAGGAAGCACAACACCAAAGACGCUUUCAACAGAGGCAUUCGGGAGUUCACCAAACGCUUGUUCAGAAGAAGUUUCAAAGUGAAUCAGAAUAUGUCAGGACACGAGAGCACAGACAGCUCAUUUACCAUUGACUCGGGGAUUGAAAACAUAUUAAAUGGAACUCUUGCAAAUCCCUUCUCAACAGGCACUACUUCCUCGUUUCACCUCUCCGUAGAAAAUCUGCCCCAGGAGGUCCAUGUGUCUGCAGAUUCUGUAUAUGGAUCCUCAUUGACUUUUGACUCCUCAGCAAAGAUGAAUGUUGAAAAUUUAAAAAACUACCAGACUUUAAGCGGUUCCCCAAAACCCAUCACAUGCAUUAGGAACCGUCCAGAGUUGAAGAGAACCUCAAGUGUCCCAUGAGAUGUCCCAUAUUUUUGCCUUUAACUAAAUAUACUGUUUAAUUAAUGAAAACACAUUAUCAACAAUUCUGUCUUUGUCACCGAUACAGGAGUUGACGACUAGUCCAGUGUAGUUUCGGGCAGGUGGUAUGGACUGCUUUCAUUAUCACCACUGUUCUAAAUUCUCUUGUCAUUGAAAUCCUAUUUAAUCAAGAUAGAAUUAUCAGAUGAACAGUUAUAUUGCAGCAAUGUAAACAUUUUAAUAUGAUUUUUGUUAUUGACCUGCUUUCUUAGAUUGUUUUUAAUAUUCUUGUUAUCAAUAUUAAGGGAACGUACUGUAAAUCUUAUUUAAAUGUGGCAUGUCUCAUCACUUGUGCUCUGUCCAAAUUCAGGAAAAACAAUAAAGCUUUCA